UUCAUUUCUCGUGAUAUUUUAUUAUGCAUGAUGGAGUCUGGUUGUACAUCAAAUCAUUCACCAUCAGUUCAGUCUCAAACAGACACAAAAUGCAUGGAGUGUGAAACUAUCUUCGUUAAAAAGAAAAAAGGAUUUAAGAGAAAAUCACUAAAAAGUCUAAGAAGCUCCACUAAAACACAAGAUUGGGCAGAGGACUUAUUACAGAGAGGUGGAGAUCCUCGCAAAUCAUUUGUAUGUCAGGAAUGUAUUACUAAAUAUAUUACCUAUUACAAUCAGGCGUAUGGUAUGACACUAAACUCUCCUUCAUUACCUCCUCCUUCCCAAUCAAAUGAAGAAUCUGUGGUACAUUCAUCACCUGUUCAAGUUCAUGCUGAGCCACCCUCUCCUACCUCCCAGGCAACCCCAUGUGCACCUAAUGAAUCCCCAAUACCUGAAAUUCCCAUUGAAAUUUUUACACAAAAACUUGAUCAUUCAUACAACUUGACCCCAAAACCUCCAAAGCCUGUAAGACAUGGGAAUGCUAUAAUUAAAACAGCUAUGGAAGCCGUAAGAAGAAGCAACUAUAGACGUCUUAUCAAAUUGCUAUUCCAACAAAGCAAGAAAUUCAGACUAGAAUUCCAAAGAUUUGUAAGCAAAAAGGUAAAAAUAGAGAUAAAAGCGUUCACAAAAAAAAUGAAGCCUUAUAAAAACUGGAGCGAUUUAUUGGACGAAUCCAGCAGCACAAUGCCAAUAUUAGCAAGUACUAUCAAAUCAGCUGUGCCUAAACAAAUGUACAACAGUAAGAACGAAGAUGAUCAAGCUGCUCGAGUUGGGGUGGUGACAUCUAUUUUGUGCUACUGCAAUAAUCCUUUUUCAAAUCAGUUUCAAAAGAUGACAAGCUAUCAACUAUGGAAGCAUGGCUGUGACAGGAAAAUGAUGCAUUAUUUAAAUCAGUUGGGCCUUGCUCUUUGCCCUAAAGCAAAUCUAAGCGUUGUGAAAAGAACAGACAAAGAACAGCUUGAACAGUGGGAUGAAUUCUAUUCAAGCAAGGGGAUCAAAAGGCAACGUAGUCCAACAGAAGAGGGAGAAGAAAACAAUGCAAAUAAACAACAGAAGGUUGAUCAAAGCAGCGAGACAGAUGUUAAUGUACCUAAACUGAGCACACAGAUUGCUGGCUCAUAUAAACCAGGUACCAAACCAACUAUGGCUUCAAGACGUAGUGCAAGAAAGAGUCGAAAGAAACUUCUUGGUAAAGAAU